UGACCUAUCAUAUACAGGCUAUUAAUAAAUCUUAAUAAUUAGGCCAAAAUAUCAUUGGUGCGAUUAUAACCGAAUGAUAUUUUGGCCUAUUUAUUAUUAAUAAAUAAAUCUUAAUAAAUAGGCUACUACUCAUUUUCCGGGUCGUUGGGACAGAAUGGACCGAAUCCGAAACGGACCAAGGGAUUCUAUUCCGGUUCUCAAAUUCACAGUUGUGCAAAGACCGAGUUUGAAGUUCAGUCAGUCUGCAUUUGCCUCUUUGGAAAUCCAUUCACUUCGUUCUUUUGCAGAAAUACUGCAAAUUCGAAUCCAGAAUUCGCGUGUUUCUGAAGAACUUGAGCUGUUCAAGACUUCCUAUUAAACCCCUUUCUCUCAUACUCAGAUUAUGACCUCAAUAACCAUGGGCUCUACUUCAAAGAAGCGUAAGAAUUCUAAGACAAACGAUGGCAGAGAUAGGUUGAGUGAAUUACCUGAUGAAGUUUUGGUGCACAUCCUGUCUUUUCUGCCCAUUUUAGAUGCUGUUCAAACCGUAUCAGUUCGCAGAUUUGGUGAUCUUUGGACUUUGCUUCCCUGCCUUAAUUUCAAAGACACUGAGUUUAUCAAAGUUUUUCUUGUUAAGCUGAAACUUACAAACUGUGGAAUCAAGCAGCUAAGUGGAUUCCAGAUGAGAUCACUAAGAAAAUUAUCACUUUCCCAUGUUGAGUUGAAGGAUGAGGUGUUGAAGAAAAUUAUAUCCGGAUGCCCUUCUUUACAAGAGUUGGCUCUAGAGUAUGUACGUGGAUUGGAAGAGCUGCGCUUUUCUGCUCCUAGCAUUGAAAAGUUAGAUCUAACUUUUGUGGUAUUUUUCUUGCUUGAUUGCCCCAACCUGAAGAUUUUAAAUAUUAAUAUUCGCCAGAAUCGCCACAAUUCACGUCUAGAAAUAGUUGAUGUUUCAUCUGUUCGUGAAGUCAACAUUUCGGCUUACACAAUCAUUGACGAGAUUGAUAAAUUAUUGAAGACGUUUCACAAUGUUGAAGUCUUCAAAUUUUCUGAUGUAGCUUUUCAGCCAGCAUAUUUUCAGGAGCAAGAUUUCCCACAAACUAGAUGGAAGCGUUUACAUAUUAAAUCACGACUUAGUGAAGAUCGUUUCUUAAGCGUUUGUACAAUUUUGAGAAGUUCGCCUCAAUUGGAAGAACUCAUAAUAUACACAGAUUCAAGAAGUGAUAAUAGUUGGGAUUUGGGAAGGCGUGUAACACGUGUUUGCAGUGUGCUCUCCUUAGAGUUCUCUCCUUGUGUGAUGCUGCAACUCAAAACUGUCACCAUCAGUGGACACAAGUUACCUUCUCAAGGGCUGCUUCGACUUGCAGAAUUUUUGCUUAAAAAUUCUGUCAACAUGGAAAAUAUGGGGAAGAAGUUGCACAGUAUCAUCUCAAUCUUGAUUUCGGCGUUUGCAUCAGUGAUGGUGGUUGGUCAUACUCUGUUAACUACUGUCUGCAUUAGGUCUUCCGAAAUCAUUCACGAGGUUGAUAAAUUAUUGAAGAGGUUUUGCAAUGUUGAGGUUAUCGAAUUGGAUGGGAAAGGUUUUCAGCUGUCAAAAUUUCAGGAGCAAGAUUUCUCGCAAACUAGAUGGAAACGUUUACGUAUUGAGUCACAGCUUAAAAGAGAUCAUCUUUUAAGCGUUUGUACAGUUUUGAGAAGUUCGCCUCACUUGGAAGAACUCAUAAUAUACAAUAAUUCACGGAAAGAUUUGGGUGUCACAAAUGACUGCAAUUUUCUCUCCUCAGAGCUCUCUUCUCCUUGUUUAAUGCCACAACUCAAAACUGUCACCUUCCGUGGACACAAGGUACCUUGUCAAGGGCUGCUUCGACUUGCAGAGUUUUUGCUUAAAAGUUGUGUCAAAAUGGAAAGGAUGGCAAUUUUCCCGCGCAUGAGUCAAUUAGUAGCAGUUGAGGAGAUUAAGUUUUUAAAGCAAUUAUUAAGCUUUCCAAGGGCCUCAACAAAUGCAAGGGUAAUCUUCGGUUCUGAAGUAUACUAAGGGAAGUUGCAAAGUAUACUAAUGACUCAAUUCUAAUAGACUUCUACGUCGUACUCCGUAGUUUGCUAGCUAGCUUGUAAGAUUUUAGGUUCUUGUGGGUUAAUUUUACGUUUAUGUAAUUGUGAACUUUAUGUUAAUGCACUUCCUUUAGGGAUAACUUAUUAUUGUAAUUUAUGUUAGGGCAUAUCUUGGACAAAAAAAUUGGAAGGGGAGAUGGUUAUGUAAUUUUUGUAUUCGGAAAUGGUAAUCAUGCAAUUCCCUUC